UCUCUGAAAAAUUGGGGUGAAGAAGAGCAUGGCUGCUUUAAGCACUCGGAGAAGGGCAGCUUUCCCACGUUCUGUUUUAUGGGGCGUGGAAGGGCGAGCAGAGUGAGCUGCUGGAGUUAUCACAGUGCUGCGUGGUUAUCGCCAGCCACCAGCACCGUUCCCCGAGCUGAUAGACUUCUGCUUUGCUGGGGCUACUGCUCUGCCACCGCUGCUUCUCAGCCUGAAGGAGAAAGGAAAGCAGAACGGGUGGUUUUCAGCAAUGAAAGAUGUUUGCUUCUGUGUUUGGGGGUAUAAACAAGAGUCCUGGUGUCAUUCUGUUUGCUUCUAGGAAGCUGCUGGGACUGUCCAUUGCUACACUGAGCACAGUCACCCGCUAUGGGCUUCACUUCUCCGUCAUCAGCAAUGUUGCCCUCGAGAGCAGCUCCUACCGGGACAUCCACCACGCAGCUUUCUACGUCGGCGUCUUCCUCAGCAUGACCCUGAUCUUCGCCGCCCUGCUGAGCGCCGUCGCCGCGGUGCGAGAGUCGCGAUGCCUCACGGCAACGGCAUUUUUCUGCUUUGCUCUGGCCUUCUGUGGGAUGAUACCAGCUCUCUGCUGGAGAUACAUGCACAGCACAGAGGUGGAGGACAGUAUGCUGGACGUGUACGACCUCGUGUACGAGGAGGUGAGGAGGAAUGGCUCUAGCUCCAAGAGGCACGAGCUGACUCUCAUCCAUGAAGUAUUUCUGUGCUGUGGGAAGCCCUCCCCUCUUGGAGACACAGCUGCUGUCGAGCACAAGAUGUGCCAUCCUGGCACAGCAUGGGCUGCUGGACGGGACUGCCUACAAGAGAUGCAUGGCUUCCUGAAGAAGCACAUGGGCUUUGUCUCCACACUCCUGAGCAUCACCAUCGGCUUCACGGUUUAUGGUAUGGUUCUGACUUCUUUCCACUGGUUCUCCAUCCACUUCAGCAACAACUUGGAUCGGAAAGGCAAAUACACCUUGCAAGGAAGAUAGAAGCCUGUCUUCCCUACCAGGCAGAGCCAGCUCUCAGUGUAGGUCAAUGCCUGAAGUCCUCCAUCAAACCUCUGGGAAGGCAUUGUAUUGUUCACCUGUGUGCAUUUCCGUGCUGCGCCAUCCGGGUGGAAUUCUGCAGAACUGCAGUCCUGCAUCUUCACUAAGAAUGGAUGAGGACUGAGACGCAUCUGGGCUUGGGGAUGCAGGUUGCCUCCUUGAGAGAAGGAUGGUGUGUAGCACAAGGAGAAUACACACAGCCCCCUAGGACACAACCUGAAGAACGCCCAUCCAAAAUCAUAGCAUUAAACCAAACUUCUGCACUGUCACGUGAGAAGGUUCCUGUGACCCCAAAAGAGGUACUUCUCUAAGGCAAGAGCUUUGGACUGCAGCAUGGGACAGAUCUGCCAUUGGCAAAUAUGUGUAUGCUGGGUGUGGUAUUGAAAAACAGGGAGCUUUGUUCUCCUACCUGGGACAGUGCUCAUUGUUGCCUCCAGGGUUUCAUGUUUUAGACCACCCUGGAGUAUGUCAGCACUCAGCCACCACUACUGUGUUUUUUCUCUAUCAAACUGUUGCUGGAAUUCUUGGUAUAAAUUAAGAAGAAAAAAAAAA